GAUUGGUAAUUAAGAAUACAAGACAAAGAAAUUAUGGCAGAUCGAGGGAGCAAAGCGCCAUCUCAACCAUCCAAGGAUGAGAAAAAGAUCUAUAUCGACGGAACAAAGCUGUUUGAGGCAGUGAAGGUCCAUCAAAAAGCACUGGACGAUCUGGUGAGAGUGAACUCGCUCUUCACCGUUGCGGUCUUUGUGGGCCUGGCGUUCGCGAGCCCUGAACAACAUAACAUAGAGCGCAAAAAGGAGUGUGAAGCUGGAGUUCAUGUGGCGAGGAGGCUUGUCGAGUACGAAGUGAUUUCGUUCGCCUUUUAUCUCUUUUCCAGCCUCGUGGCCAAAUCCCUCAAGACCCACCUCUUCAGCUACCUCCUCUCCCCGGUCACUUACGACGAAAUCAAUGGCGCAUUGAGCAAGGUGCUGAGAGGGUCCUUGUUCGUUCUCUCCGCAUUGACCUCCAUCAUUGGCAGUGUGUUCCUCUUGUGCUCCAUGAUCGACACCAUUCAGCUCCAGCUCGGGAAGGUCUCUUGCAAAGGUAUCCAGACAUUAAAUUCUGUGGCUGUCCUGAUCGGGGUCAACAUCUUCGCGUUGCUCAUCUACAUACCAUAUACUGCACAUGCCAUCAUCAAAUCCACAACGGUCUUUGAUAUCCUACUUCCAGCCAAUUGUCCCAAAUGCAAUCGUCUUCUCCGCAAAACUACUUGCUGUCAAAAAUGAUCUUCGAGAACCUACUUCCCGGAACAAAGAUCCCCCUUCUGAAGCAUCGAGCAAAAGAUCUUCAGGUGCAAAGAUCUAAAUAUGAUGCUGUUUCAGUACUCAUUUAAGUUCUUACAUAGAACUGGGAGAUGAGUGUAGGCUUCUCUUUGCUUUCUGGGAUGUGAGUCAAUAUAUGUAUUUGUGUUUAUUAGUCAGCUUCUCUGCGUCUACAGUUUCUGCAAUAAUAAGAAGGAGAUGCAGAACCACUCUUGUCA